GGACUAGGCCCAGGCCCCUUGGCCACCGUGACCGGUGAGCUGCAGCGCGGGAAUAGGGGUGGCGUCGCGGCACGCAGCGGGCGGAGCGAAGAGGAAGGAGGUGGUGGUGCAGGAUGGCGGCGGUCUACGAGCAGCUGAAGCUGCAUAUUACACCUGAAAAGUUCUAUGUGGAAGCUUGUGAUGAUGGAGCAGAUGAUGUACUUACCAUUGACCGAGUGUCCACAGAGGUCACCCUCGCAGCAAAAAAAGAUGUCCCUCCUUCAGCUGUUACACGACCAAUAUUUGGGAUACUGGGCACAAUCCAUUUGGUGGCAGGUAAUUAUCUUGUUGUCAUUACCAAAAAGAUGAAAGUAGGUGAAUUUUUCAAUCAUGUAAUCUGGAAAGCCACAGACUUUGAUGUCCUUUCCUAUAAGAAGACAAUGUUGCACUUGACUGAUAUUCAGUUACAAGAUAAUAAGACUUUUCUAACAAUGCUAAACCAGGUCUUGAGUAUGGAUGGAUUUUACUUUUCAACAACGUAUGACUUGACCCAUACUUUGCAGCGGCUGUCCAACACUAGUCCAGAAUUCCAAGAAAUGAGUCUCUUGGAAAGGGCAGAUCAGCGGUUUGUAUGGAACGGGCAUCUGCUCAGAGAACUGUCUGCUCAGCCGGAGGUCCACCGGUUUGCUCUUCCAGUGUUACAUGGCUUUAUUACUAUGCACUCGUGUUCUGUUAAUGGGAAAUCCUUUGAUUGGAUUCUCAUCUCCAGGAGGAGUUGUUUCAGAGCUGGUGUGCGCUAUUACGUAAGAGGUAUUGAUUCCGAAGGCCAUGCAGCUAACUUUGUGGAAACAGAACAAAUCGUGCAUUACAACGGCAAUAAGGCUUCAUUUGUACAGACUCGAGGAUCAAUACCUUUUUUCUGGUCACAGAGACCAAACCUCAAGUACAAACCGAUGCCACAGAUCAACAAAGUAGCAAAUCAUAUGGAUGGUUUCCAAAGGCAUUUUGAUUCACAAGUAAUUAUUUAUGGAAAACAAGUUAUAAUCAAUCUGGUGAACCAUAAAGGCUCAGAAAAGCCACUUGAACAGACAUUUGCAAAUAUGGUGACAUCCUUGGGAAGUGGAAUGAUCAGGUAUGUUGCCUUUGACUUCCAUAAAGAAUGUAAAAAUAUGAGAUGGGAUCGACUUAGUAUUUUGUUGGAUCAAGUAGCAGAAAUACAAGAUGAAUUAAGUUAUUUUCUAGUAGACUCUGCUGGCAAGGUUGUGACAAACCAGGAAGGCGUUUUCCGCAGCAACUGCAUGGAUUGUCUGGAUAGAACAAAUGUGAUCCAGAGUAUGUUAGCUCGACGUUCCCUUCAGUCCCAGCUGCAGAGACUAGGAAUUUUGCAUGUUGGACAAAAGGUUGAAGAGCAAGAUGAAUUUGAGAAGAUUUACAAAAAUGCCUGGGCUGAUAAUGCUAAUGCUUGUGCCAAACAGUAUGCAGGAACUGGUGCCUUGAAGACUGACUUUACCAGAACUGGGAAGAGAACUCGGCUUGGACUUAUAAUGGAUGGCUGGAACUCACUAUUACGAUAUUAUAAGAACAACUUUUCUGAUGGAUUUAGACAAGAUUCCAUAGACUUAUUUCUUGGGAACUAUUCAGUGGAUGAAUUGGAAUCUCAUAGUCCUUUAAGCAUUCCAAGGGACUGGAAAUUCUUGGCCUUGCCUAUCAUCAUGGUUGUUGCCUUUUCAAUGUGCAUCAUCUGUUUGCUUAUGGCUGGUGACACUUGGACAGAAACACUGGCUUAUGUGCUGUUCUGGGGAGUUGCGAGCAUUGGAACAUUUUUCAUUAUUCUUUACAAUGGCAAAGAUUUUGUUGAUGCUCCUAGAUUGGUCCAGAAAGAAAAGAUAGACUGAAUUUGUAUUUGUGGAAAGCGGCUUGGCUUGGAAGAUUCCAUGAUGCAGAACUGGAGUCUUUACUGACCUGCUUUCCACAUCAACCCAAGGUUUUCUUAAAGCUUCUAUCCAAAAGCCCCUCUUGUGCUCUGGGCUGGGUGGUAUCUUAGGAUUGAUCUGACGUUACUGCCAUGAUGAUCUCUUUACUGUUGGGAUGGUUGUAUUUAGAAUAUGAAACUGUACUAUAAUUGAAAUGUAACCUGAAUUCAGCUCACAGAACAGAAGGAAUCUUUUCGCUGUCAAGUUAAUCAGAAGUUCACAGAAAAGUAAUAUAUUUUAAAAAAUGUAGCUUCUUUCAUUAUUUAAAACAGUAAAAUUAUUUUUCUAGCUCUGUUUCAUUGUCAUUGUAAAGCAGUCACUGUUAGCAAGCAUUCUUCUCCAUCCAUCUUUGGACUUUUCUUAAAAGUUCAAUAAUAAGCUAAUUCUAUGUUCAUAAACUGUAAGUCUUUUAGAGAUGUCAAGUAGUUUGAUAGAGUUGUGACCUCACAGGAAGGAAGAGGAGAAUGGAAUCUAGAGUUGCUGGAGGUUUCUGGUGGCUGCCCCUUGGCUUCAGUCAGCCUGAGCUGCUGCAUGCCCUGGCACUUUAAGUGCCUGAAAGUUCAGAUAUACUUUAUCUUUCUUUAAAAGGUAUAAAUGAAAUCAAAGUAUGUAAAGUCUGUCUCUCAUGCUAAAGGUCCAAAGUCACCUCUUUCUAAGGACUGUUCCAUUGUGGAAAGUGCGCUAGGCUGCCUGCUGCUUCCGCCUGCACUCUGUAGUUUCCUUGGUUACUCAGCCAGACACGCAGGCCUCCGAGAGGGUCUUGUGCUGGAUUUGAUAUCCCCCUUGGGGCAACAUCUGCUUUUCCAUGCAUGGGCCUCUUGCUUUUUCAUGCCAUCAAGGUUUUGUUGUCUGUCAAUAAGUGUCUGAAAUUUAGUGCUUCCAGGUAGUUAGUUCUCCAAAUCAAGGACCAACUUUAAUUUAUGCGUAAAAGAGGCCUAAGAACUAUGCUUCAGAAACUGCAUAGUUUUAAUUAAGACAGGUUGUAUAUUCAAACUGUAAUUAUGAGAUUUAGGUAUUAGAACAGUACAUAAAGUAGUAUCAUUGCCACUCUACUAAAACAGUUCAGCUAAACUGCUACAAGAUUUUGGUAUUUGCUUGGAAACAUAUACUUUUUUUUUCCUAAUAGUAGUAUCUUAUGUUGUCCUUAAAUACUUCUAAAAGCACCUUUAUUUUAACAUUACCUUUUUUCAGCAUUCUUUUAUAAAUAUUAAUAGAGUUGCUGCUUUUAGAAACACUGUGUAGCUUGAAGUCAGUCAUUAAAAUUUGCAGUAGGGUUAGUGAAUAAGCCACCAUUCUGACAUGUAAAUAAGAAUAAUUUGUUCCAGUAUGGAAUACUGAAGCUCAGCUGUGUCAACUGUGGUACAUUGUUCAGUUGCUACUGGGUAUUUCAGAAUAAGUACUUAACGUCUGCAAUUGUAGCAAAGACCAAAUCCCAACCACUAACGUGGCUGCUUUGCAAGGACUGCUGCUGGUGGGUUAGGCCUUAAGUGAUCAAUGUUUCAGAGCCCUGGAGUGAUUUUGUUUCUUAAUUCAUGUACUGUAUGUCCAUAAGCAAAAAUAAAAUGCCAUAUUCUUUUCUAA